AUGCUCUUCCUCUUCGCAAAGGAGCCCGUCACCAUCAGCCUCACGGCGAUGUACCUGGUGUCCUUUGUGGUGGGCUUUGUGGGCAACAUCAUGUCCAUCAGAGUGCUCACUCGGAAACGCCGGAGUCGUGUGUCCAGCUUAAGUGCCACCCGCAGCCUCCUCAUCAACCUGGCAGUGUGCGACCUCAUGGUGGUGUGUGUCUGCAUGCCCAUCACUGUGGGCAACCUCAUCUACAAAGCCUGGGUGUAUGGGGACUUUCUCUGCAGGGCAGUGCCCUUCAUCCAGGCUGUUUCUGUCUCUGCCAGCGUCCUCAGUCUGACCGUCAUCAGUGUGAAUCGGUACUACAGUGUGCACAACCCACUCAAUGCUCGGUCUUUCUUCACCCAGAAGAGGAUCCUCAGCACCAUCCUGGUGGUGUGGUUGUUGUCCUCAGGGAUAUGCAUGCCCCUCAUCUUCAUGAACAAACGGGAUGAGAUUGGGGUGGUAGAGGGCUUGCCUCUGGUGUUUUCGAUCUGCAGGGAGAUUUGGCCUCAGGAGAGGCUCAAGCAAGCCUACAACUUUCUGCUCUUCUGUGCCCUCUACUGCCUGCCAGUUCUGUUCAACAUGGUCAUCUGCUUCCUCACAGUGCGCAGGCUGUGGAGCCGCAGCAGCCAGCUGAAGGAGAGCACUGCUCUGACUCGAUCUCUGCCAGCCUCCAGGCUCAAGAUCCGGAAGAAGGUCGCGCAGAUGGUGGUGGCCCUGGUCCUGCUGUUUGCCAUCUCCUGGCUGCCUGUCUACCUGAUGGACAUCUGGAUUGAUUUCAACAUUCCCAAGUCUUUGCAGGACGUGACUCCUUCUCCUUGGAUCCUGCAGCUCAGACCAUUUGCCCAGUGGCUUGGCCUCACCAAUUCCAGCCUCAACCCUAUAUGCUAUUGCUUUGUUGGGAACCUCUACAGGUCAGCCAAGGAAAUGAAGAGCAAGUACCACCAAAGAAUGGUCUCUCUCUUUAACUUCUCUCUGUCUGAAGGGACAACCCAUUCCUCAGUUCCAGAGCUGCUCUCUUACCGGGAUUCAACAGAGCCUGCAAGGAAAGGACCUUCUGCCACCCCUGCCAUGGGCAGAUGUAAGGGAGGUCAUGGCAGUAAGAACAAGUGUGGACACUUGAAUUCCUGCCAGCAUCCACCUUUGAACACUGUCUCCAGUGAGAACACUUCCUUGUAA